UGAUUUCUUGUCCCCCCCCCCCCCCCCCCCUCUUUCUUGUUUUUCAUCUUUGCGACAACGACUCACUUCGAAGCUUCCCUUCUGGAAACUUGAGAUAUUAUCGUUCAUCUCUGGAUGUGAUUGGGGUUUUAUAUUCAUUUAGUGCUUCUGAAGUCUGUUGCAAAUGUGAGUAAACAAUGAAUAUCUCCUCUUGGAAUGGAACUCUCUCAUCUGAUGAUUUUUAUGCUGCUGCAUUAACUCUUUCUGAGAAAUGGAAACAGAUGAACCCUGCCUUUCCUUCUUGGAAAUGGGUCCCUUUACGAAGAUCACCAUGGGUUGCUUCUCAUGAAGAUGAUGGAUACUUAUCUCUAGAAAACUUUUGUAUUAUCAAAUCUAACGAGGAAGUUCAUGAUGAAAGAGCUCUGACAGGUAAAGAGGAUUCCAGCUACACUACAAUUGAAGAGCCGAUUGAUGAUGCUACAUUGGUUGAGAGCUAUGCUGAGGAAAUACAUUUCUAUGAUUUCCAUAUAAUUCACAGUGCUUCAUAUAGAGUUCCAGUGCUAUACUUUCGUGCAUACUACUCUGAUGGAAGAUUUUUGGCAUUGGAUGAUAUUAAAGAAGACCUUCCUCCCAGCUCCUUGAAGAUGUUACAGGAAUCAAAAUGGACAUUCAUAACUCCAGAGGAACAUCCAUACUUGAACCGGCCAUGGUAUACACUGCAUCCGUGUGCGACCAGUGAGUGGAUGAAGCUAUUGUAUCUUAGUGAUGAUUCACUAACCAAAGAAAAAAGAGCUAUCCAACUAUACUUGGUGUCAUGGCUAUCAGUCGUUGGUCCAGUGGUUGGUCUGAGAAUUCCCCUUGGAAUGCUAAAUAACUCUCGCCAGUUGAGCCCUUCAUCUUUUAUUCUUAAUGGUUCAUCUCUUGAUGAAACCUUAAGUGGGAUUGUUCAUACUCAAAGUUCUCUUGGUUAAGAACUUCCAGACUUGCUCCCGAUUUCUCAGUUUCUUGCAUUGAUGUGGAUAGGAAAAAAUGGUGUGCCUCCCUGAUGCUCAUGCCCAUCUUCAUUUUCGUGAUAAAAUCCCUAUUAAUGGAAGGAAAAUGUUUAAUUUUUAACCAUUGUUUUCUGGGAAAGUUCCUUAUUAUAACCACUGUUCUAUGCA